AUGGCCGAAGACUGGAAAAAUACAAUUUUGCAACGCAUGAAACGGAGGAAUGUUGCGCAGAGCCAGAGAUACGAACCAGUACUAACCUCGUAUAACGCCCUAGUGGAUGAAAAAAAUAAACUGACAGCCAUCAUUGCAUCGUUUACAUCAGAAAAUGUGUUCAUGCUUAAUGGUAAACAUUCGAGUAUCUCCCUUUCCAGUCGAGAAAAUUCUAUUCCGAACAUUUUGAACCAAUUCUAUGCACAACGUGAAGAUUACGAUGGGGACAAUGUGACACACCGGAACAUGUCCCUUAGCCUAGCAUCGGCGAAUGAUGCCACGACGGACGGAUCUCCAGGGGGGGCAGCAACCCCGUCAGGUGAUAUCGUCAAAACGGAGGACAGACUCACAAACGGAGUCUCCAAAAGAGAAUUGCUCCAAGUCAUUAAGGAAAAAGCCAAAGCAGACGAAAUGAUACUUCUGCUAAAAAACAACAUAAAUGAAAAAAAAAAAAUCCUAAACAAUUUGAACAAACAAAAUAAAACAUUGAACGACGCACUGGUAAAAAAGGAACAACAGCUGAAUGAGAAGAAGGAAAAGUUGUGCAAUCUGCAAAAUGUUAUUUGUAGACAAAAGAAGGACAUAAAAUUGUACGCCAGUUGUAACGUAUCAUUGAAGAGGAAAAUAAAAUUGAGCCAAAAGAAAAACCAAAAAGUGAUUCACGAAUUUGACGCAAUCAGACUUUCCUAUUUCAAAAUAUGGAAAGAAGCUUUCCAACUGAAAACGUGCAAAAAAAAUCUGCAGAAGGAGUACUUUACGAUCAGAAGUGAAUUAUUACAGAAAAAAAUCGAAAAUGAAAAACUCCUUCAGUGUUUGUUAAAAAUUAAGAAAGCAUACAGACGUCAGUUGAUCAAGAUGCACACGUAUAUGCGACAACGAAAGGACAAUUAUACCAACCUUUCAGGGAAAAGUCAAACACACAGACAAAGGUUUUCUAAAAAGCAUAAGUUCUUUUUAACCCUGUACUGGGACAAACUGCACUACAUGCAUAGCUGUGGGGAACCCCCUUCGGCGGAUUCACACCAUUCGCAUCGUAAGAGCAACAUUUUUGCAAAGAGAAAAAACAAUUUGUUAGCCAUACCGGGUAGAAGUAGCCAUGGUGAGGAGAUGCCCCACGAGGAAAAGUCCCAAUGGGGGGGAAACGCACCCGCUCCAGAAGCACCACAUGCAAUUGGGAAAAACAAAUACAGCGUCUUACGAGACGAUGUGGAGGUAACAAACAAUAAAACUUCCCCUUUUCAAAACGGUGGGGAAAACCACAACCAAGUCGGGGCAACGAAUCUCCGAAAUAACUACCGUGCGAAAGGAACGUAUCAAACCGCGUCAAAUGAUCCAACUCAAUUCUUUAAUGACGGUUUACGUAGACACCGUUUGUACAAGAUAAAGGCACGCCUAAAUGUUCACACGAGCAGCAGUGUCCUCUGUUUUAGCCCUUUCCCCGGAGCAUAUCCCCAGGGUGACUCACACAAAUAUGUAAAAGCAGAAUGGGCGGAAAAGCAGCGCCGUUACACCUCUGAUAGAGAGAACCAAUUGAACGCAUCAGGUUUAACAAACCGUGGUGAGAAUGAAACCUCUCCAAUUUAUUACAACAGUAACUUCGACAGUGAUGUUAGUAUGGUCAGCAGCGUUGAUAUGGAUGGUAGCUAUGGAGACUAUUCCGAGUGGAGGGACCCCGAUCCGGUUUCCUUGCGUGAGAUUUCUGUUCCCCACCCAACAGAUGAACCCCUUCAUAACGCCCUCGUCACCUGUGCAGAGGACGGAAGCAUCUCCUUCGUAAAGAUCAAAAAAGAUAAACUGACCUGCAUUAAACGUUUCCAAAUAACCGACCAGAAAAUCGCAGCGAACAAUGUGUGCGUUCACCCCGCCGGCAAACAAUCCAUACUCUCCCUAAGAAACAAUGCCAUUUGCCUAUUUAAUAACGAAAGCAGCGAAAUUGAAAAAUGGUACCACUCCCAUGAGGAAAAAAUAACAUCGAUUAAUUUUUUGCACCAUUUUAGUUACUCGGACGAGCUGCCCCUAAAUGGUGGCUCCCCAGGAGAGAGUCCUUUUUUUUAUUCCACCAGUUUAGACAAAACGGUAAAAUUCUUCCACGUAGAAAGAGGAAGUUUUUACAGUUCACUUCACCUAAAUGAUGCGAUUACCUGCUCGUGCAAGUCAAACAAACAACCACUUGUCCUCAUUGGAACGCGCUCAGGUUCAGUCAUAUGUUACGAUGUAAGAGUCCACAACAAGGGCGUAACCCAGGCAGCACUUUAUCAAAAGAAUAUUCUCGACGAUGAAAUUUCCGGCGUCAGUUUCUCCCCAGAUGAUCGACUAAUAGCAAUACAGUCCAUCCGCGGGAAGACCAAACUGAUAAACACAAAUAAAAUAAAUUUUUUUCAGUGUCUUGAAAAUCCAGAUUUUUUAAAAAAGGAAAGUCCCACGUGUGCACCUGUUUUUUCGCCUGAUGGGAACGACUUGAUUUGCACCUUCCCCUAUGCCCUAAUUGCACACAAUGUAGUGACGCAUUCUUACGUCACCGUUGUUAAUGACGAGCUUGGCCAGAUAAACGGGGCGCAGUACCUCCCGGGUGGCAACCUGUGCACAAUUCACGCGGAUGGAAACGUUGCCAUUUGGUGA